ACCCCAUUUCUCCUUUCUCUCAAAAAAGCUUCAAUAAAUUAGUUUAAUUUAUUUUCAUUUGUCAUUUUGUAAGAAAAAACCCAUUUCUCCCCUUGUUUCUUACACAGUUUACAAGGAUAAAUCUCUGUAAUCACAAGGAGAAAGGGAGAAACAAGGAUAACAUUAGCAAAAUAAAGACUUUUUUCUGAGAAAAAAUUGAACUUUGGAGGAUGAAUGGUCUUUUACAUGUUGAAGAAACAGAUUGCUCAGAGUUUGUUGAAGUUGAUCCAACUGGAAGAUAUGGCAGAUACAAUGAAAUCCUUGGAAAAGGAGCUUCAAAGACAGUUUAUAGAGCAUUUGAUGAGUAUGAAGGGAUUGAAGUUGCUUGGAAUCAAGUCAAACUGUAUGAUUUUCUUCAAAGCCCUGAAGAUCUUGAAAGGCUCUACAGUGAGAUUCAUCUCCUCAAGACAUUGAAACACAGGACUAUUAUGAAGUUCUAUACUUCCUGGGUUGAUACUGCCAACAGGAACAUUAACUUUGUCACCGAAAUGUUCACUUCUGGAACUUUAAGACAGUAUAGGCUAAAGCAUAAGAGAGUCAAUAUUAGGGCAGUGAAGCAUUGGUGUAGGCAGAUCUUGAGAGGUCUUCUUUACCUCCAUAGCCAUGACCCCCCAGUGAUUCAUAGAGAUCUUAAAUGUGAUAAUAUUUUUGUCAAUGGCCACCAAGGAGAAGUUAAGAUCGGGGAUCUUGGCCUCGCUGCGAUCCUCCGGAAAUCUCAUGCUGCUCACUGUGUUGGAACACCGGAGUUUAUGGCUCCCGAGGUUUACGAAGAAGCCUACAAUGAAUUAGUUGACAUUUAUUCAUUUGGAAUGUGCAUUUUAGAAAUGGUUACUUUCGAAUAUCCUUAUAGUGAAUGUACGCAUCCGGCUCAAAUCUACAAGAAAGUUAUCUCUGGUAGAAAACCGGAUGCUUUGUAUAAAGUUAAGGAUCCCGAAGUUCGACAAUUUGUUGAGAAAUGUUUGGCGACCGUGUCUUUGAGGCUUUCCGCGAGAGAGUUGUUAAAUGAUCCUUUUCUCCAGAUUGAUGAUUGCGAAUCUGAUUUGGGACAACUAGAGUAUGCUUAUGGGAGAGAAUUUGAUGGUAUGGGUCCCCUUGUUAGGCUGCCGUAUCUCCAACUUCAUCACAAUAGUAAUUCUUAUUGCAAAGGAUACUCAAACGGUUAUGGUUACGAAACACCAAAGGAAUGGGGGUAUCAUCCUGCUGAAAUUGAACCGUGUGGAAUCGAGCUCUUCGAGUAUCAGGAGGAUGAACAUGCUGCAAAUGUAGACAUAAGUAUCAAGGGGAAGAGGGGAGAUGACGGCUGUAUCUUUUUGAGACUCCGGAUUGUGGAUAAAGAAGGUCGGAUCAGAAAUAUAUAUUUCCCGUUCGAUGUUGAAACUGAUACAGCAUUGAGUGUUGCUACUGAAAUGGUAGCAGAAUUGGAUAUCACUGACCAAGAUGUUACUAAAAUAUCCGACAUGAUUGAUGGAGAAAUUGCCUCCUUAGUACCCGAGUGGAGACGAGGGCCAGGAAUCGAGGAAACGCCCCGUUUUUCAAAUCAAAACUUUUGUCACAAUUGCGCUUUGCACCGCACAUCUACGGGUUCCCUCUUAGAUUUUUUGACGCAUAAUGGAGGUGUCAAUGACUCGCGCCUUCUUCAACGUUGUAGAACCGGAUGUACUUCGAUGCAUGGCCGGUUUGAAGAGGUUACAUUUCAAGUCGAGGAAUCCGAGCAUUGCGUGACGGAUGGUGCACCGAAUGAGUCGAGCCAAUCAGACAAUUUGCAUUACCAGGAAAUAUGGGACCAGCAAGAAAGCCAUGAACAUAGCCCGGAGGGCUCUGGACACAGACAUUCAGACGAAGAGUUCGAAAAACCCGAUCACUCGUUCACCGCAAACGACGAGAAAGAAGCUAGAGAAGGAAAGAAAACAUCACUCCCUACAAGAUUUCUAAUUCAAUAUUUGGCAGGUCAUCGUUCUUUCUCCACAGCUCACUCAUAUUAUGCUGCGAUAUCUUCGACGAUUUCGAGAAUGAAGUCCUACAGGAACUGA